AAGAAGAAGAACAUUUUCUUUUCGUCGAAAAUAUGUCUUUGAAACAAAUUUCUUGAACGCAACAAAAUUCAAACAGUUGAAAUUGUAAAUAAAUCGUUGAAAACGCUCAAGGCCAGAUCAAAAUCACCUGCAAAUCAUGAAUGUGCGCAGCUUCAGUAUGCUGAGGGCUCUUAAAAACUCAUGGCGCACAUUUCCACGACGAUUUGCAACCAAAGUGACGACAGUUGGUGGCGAUGAAAUUGGAAGUGGCACGGGUAUUGGACAAAUCACCGGCCGCGUGCGUAGCCAGGAAGGUGGUCCACACAAAAUAAACACGCCGUCGAAAGAAGUUGUUACGCAUUUGCCCCCACUUACCGAUCCACUGCCUAAUUUGCCAGAGGCCGUAUACGCUGAACCGUUGGCCGAGAGUGCGUCAACCAAAGUGACAACGCUAGCCAACGGAUUGCGCAUUGCAUCCGAGCCACGUUAUGGCCAAUUUUGCACGGUUGGUCUUGUGCUGGACUCUGGACCACGUUAUGAGGUCGCCUAUCCCAGUGGCGUAUCACAUUUUCUCGAAAAGCUUGCGUUCAAUUCAACAGUUAACUUUCCCAAUAAGGAUGCCAUACUCAAAGAGCUGGAAAAGAACGGCGGUAUAUGCGAUUGCCAAAGUUCGCGUGAUACCCUCAUCUAUGCAGCCAGCAUUGACAGUCGUGCUCUCGAAUCUGUGACACGCUUAUUGGCCGAUGUCACGUUGCGGCCAAUUCUCAGCGAACAAGAAGUGAACCUAGCGCGUCGUGCUGUCAGCUUCGAAUUGGAGACAUUGGGCAUGCGACCCGAACAGGAGCCAAUUCUUAUGGAUAUGAUUCACGCAGCAGCUUAUAGAGAUAAUACUCUGGGAUUACCAAAGCUUUGCCCACCACAGAAUCUGGAGAAUAUCGAUCGCAAUGUGUUAAUGAAUUACUUGAAGUAUCAUCACGCGCCGGAUCGCAUGGUUAUUGCUGGCGUUGGCGUGGAUCACGAUGAGCUGGUAGAGCAUGUAAAGAAGUACUUCGUGGAAGAUCAAGCCAUUUGGGUGAAUGAAAAUGCAGCAAACUUGGGACCUAAUCAAGUGGAUACUUCUGUGGCGCAAUACACGGGCGGUUUAGUCAAGGAAAAUUGUGAAAUUCCCAUUUAUGCGGCAGCCGGGCUUCCGGAGCUGGCGCAUGUGGUGCUCGGCUUUGAGGGCUGCUCCCAUCAAGAUCGCGACUUUGUGCCACUGUGUGUGCUGAAUAUCAUGAUGGGCGGCGGUGGCUCUUUCUCUGCCGGCGGUCCCGGCAAAGGCAUGUACUCUCGCCUCUAUACCAAAGUGUUGAAUCGCUACCAUUGGAUGUACAGCGCAACGGCAUACAAUCACGCGUAUGUGGACACUGGUCUCUUCUGCAUACAUGGCAGUGCACCACCCCAGCAUCUGCGCGACAUGGUCGAAGUAUUGACGCGUGAGCUGAUGAGCAUGGCCGCUGAACCGGGCCGUGAGGAGCUGAUGCGCUCCAAGAUACAAUUACAGUCCAUGCUGCUGAUGAACCUGGAGUCACGACCAGUUGUGUUCGAGGAUGUGGGACGACAGGUGCUGGUCACAGGGUAUCGCAAGCGUCCAGAACAUUUCAUCAAUGAGAUUGAUAAGGUAACUGCUUCGGACAUACAACGAGUGGCACAAAGACUGCUUAGCUCCGUGCCAUCGGUGGCUGCUCGUGGUGAUAUCCAGAAUCUGCCAGAAAUGUCGCACAUAACCAAUGCACUGAGCAACAGCGGGCGUUCGCUUGGACGUCGUUUAUCGCUCUUCAAAUAGCGAUAAAAAAAACCUCAGUAAUCGAGGCGUUAAUUAAUUCGUAUUGCAUUUUGUACCAUGGGCAUUCAAAUCGAUGUAAUUUUGUUAAGAAUUUGAAACCCCUAUGCAAAAUCAAAA